AUGUCGCCAGUGGCGGGAAAGGGCAGACGACACGACCCUCUAUCCCGCGGACAAUUGCAGAAGAAGCUCUGCCAAAGCCAGCACCACCAGGAACCCAGGACCACCAGGAACACAGCACCACCAGGAACCCAGCACCACCAGGAACCCAACACCACCAGGAACCCUGCAACACCAGGAACACAGCACCACCAGGAACCCUGCAACACCAGGAACACAGCACCACCAGGAACCCUGCAACACCAGGAACACAGCACAACCAGGAACCCAGGACAACCAGGAACACAGCACCACCAGGAACCCAGGACAACCAGGAACACAGCACCACCAGGAACCCUGCAACACCAAGAACACGGCACCACCAGGAACCCUGCAACACCAGGAACACGGCACCACCAGGAACCUUGCAACACCAGGAACACAGCACCACCAGGAACCCAGGACAACCAGGAACACAGCACCACCAGGAACCCUGCAACACCAGGAACACGGCACCACCAGGAACCCUGCACCACCAGGAACACAGUCCCAUCAGGAACACAGCACCACCAGGAACCCAACACUCAACACCACCAGCAACACAGCAACACCAGGGACCCUGCAACACCAGGAACACAGCACCACCAGGAACCCUGCAACACCAGGAACACAGCACCACCAGGAACCCAGGACAACCAGGAACACAGCACCACCAGGAACCCAGGACAACCAGGAACACAGUACCACCAGGAACACAGUCCCAUCAGGAACACACACCCACAAGGAACGGAGCACCACCAGGAACACGGCACCACAAGUAACACGGCACCACCAGUAACCCAGCACCACCAGGAACACAACACCACCAGGAAUACAGCACCACCAGGAACACAGCACCACCAGGAACCAAACACUCAACACCACGAGCAACACCAGGAACACAGCACAACCAGGAACACAGCACCACCAGGAACCCUGCAACACCAGGAACACAGCACCACCAGGAACCCUGCAACACCAGGAACACAACACUACCAGGAACACAGCACCACCAGGAACACAGCACCACCAGGAACCCAGGACAACCAGGAACACAGCACCACCAGGAACCCUGCACCACCAGGAACACAGCCUCACAAGGAACCCAGGACAACCAGGAACACAGCACCACCAGGAACACAGCCCCACCAGGUACACAGCACCACAAGGAACCCUGCAACACCAGGAACACAACACCACCAGGAACACAGCACCACCAGGAACACAGCCCCACAAGGAACCCAGGACAACAAGGAACACAGUACCACCAGGAACCCAGGACAACCAGGAACACAGCACCACCAGGAACACAGCCCCACCAGGAACACAGCUCCACAAGGAACCCUGCAACACCAGGAAUCCAGCACCACCAGGAACCCAGCACCACGAGGAACCAAACAUCACCAGGAAUCAAGCACCACCAGGAACCCAGCGCCACCAGGAACCCAACCCCACCAGGAACACAGCACUACCGGGAAUCCAGCGCCACCAGGAACCAAGCACCACCAGGAACCAAGCACCACCAGGAAUCCAGCGCCACCAGGAACCCAGCGCAACCAGGAAUCCAGCACCACCAGGAAACCAGCACCACCAGGAACUGAACACCACCAGGAAACCAGCACCACCAGGAACUCAAAACCACCAGGAAACCAGCACCACCAGGAAACCAGCACCACCGGGAAUCCAGCACCACGAGGAAUUCAGACAACAAAAUAUUAUAACAAGAUCGGGUCAGCGGGGAUCGAACAGACGUUCUCAAUUACGUUAAUUAACGUAUUCGCAAAUAAUCUUACAAAUUAG